CACCCUUCAUGACCAGUCAGACCAGUCGCUCUGGAUAGAGAACGCUCGAGUGCCGCAGCAGUUUUUACCCUUGUGGUCCCUGAUGGCUUCGCACAGUGAUACUCUGGUGGUGUUCUUUGGGGCAACAGCUGGUGCAAAUGGGGGUAAACUGGGUUCGGAUGAGAGGGAAAUAAUUCUGUUGGUGUGGCAAAUUGUGGAUCUACAUGAUAAGAAGGUGGGCAAACUUCAGCAACGUUUGAUUAAACCCGACACGUUGGAAUUAACAGACCAGUGCAAAGAGGAGACGGGCCUAACUGUAGAAGACCUCAGCAAGGCUGAACCUCUGGAUACAGUUCUUCAACAGUUCCAGCAGACUGUGACGGUGGAGCUGGAGGCUCUGGGUAGGAGCUCCUACACGCUGUGUGUGGAUGGACCCCUGCUCAUCCGACAGGCGCUUCACACCGAGACCUCCAAAAAGAAUCUGGUUCUCCCAGAGUGCUUCUACUCAUUUGUGGAUUUGAAGAGGGAAUUUCACAAAUGCUGUCCCAACGCCGGCCCAGUGAAAGACCUGACCCUCCCCUCCAUGCUGGAAUAUGUGUGUGUCCCUGCGGUGGGCGAGCAGAGGCCUGGCGUGAGGGCGGUGAAGAGCAUGGCGGUGCUCCUUCUACACCUCCUGGCCGAGCCGUACGAUCACAAGUUGUCCACGAUUGAGACAGUAAAGCACAAGUUUGAAUCUGGAGCCUGCAGUAAGACAGAAGCUGUGGACAGCGAGACGGUCAUCAGAGCCAGAGGAUUGCCAUGGCAAUCGUCUGACCAAGACAUUGCUCGCUUCUUCAAGGGCCUCAACAUUGCGAAAGGUGGCGUGGCGCUGUGUCUAAACGCUCAGGGUCGCCGUAACGGGGAGGCGCUGGUGCGCUUUGUUAACUCCGAGCACAGAGACAUGGCCCUGGAGCGGCACAAGCACCACAUGGGCAGCAGAUACAUUGAGGUGUAUAAAGCGAGUGGAGAGGAGUUCCUGAAGAUCGCAGGAGGCACGUCCAAUGAGGUGGCCCAGUUCCUCUCCAAGGAGAACCAGGUGAUUAUCCGUAUGAGGGGCCUGCCCUUCACCGCCACACACCAGGAUGUGCUGAGCUUCCUGGGCCCUGACAGCCCUGUGACGGACGGAGCUGAGGGCCUGCUCUUCGUCAAGUACCCGGACGGGCGGCCCACGGGUGACGCGUUCGUGCUGUUCGCCUGUGAGGAGUACGCCCAGCAAGCCCUGAAGAAGCACAAACACAUCCUGGGGAAGAGGUACAUCGAGCUGUUCCGCAGCACGGCAGCCGAGGUCCAGCAGGUCCUGAACCGCUACAUGUCCAGUCCGCUCAUUUCCACGCUGCCCCCCCCUCCCAUGGUCCCUGUGCCCGUUCUGGCGGCUCCCCCCUUCAUCGGCACCGGCGGCGGCCGCGACUGUGUGCGUCUGCGCGGCUUGCCCUACACCGCCGCCAUCGAGGACAUCCUGGAGUUCAUGGGAGAGCACACCAUAGACAUCAAACCGCACGGGGUCCACAUGGUGCUCAACCAGCAGGGUCGUCCAUCUGGUGACGCCUUCAUCCAGAUGAAGUCAGCGGAUCGUGCGUUUAUGGUUGCACAGAAGUGCCAUAAGAAGAUGAUGAAGGAUCGUUACGUGGAGGUGUUCCAGUGCUCUACUGAAGAGAUGAGCUUUGUGCUGAUGGGUGGGACGCUGAACCGCAGUGGCCUGUCCCCGCCUCCCUGCAAGCUACCUUGUCUCUCCCCUCCGACCUACGCUGCGUUUCCGGCCCCAGCCGCGCUGCUCUCCACCGAGUCGGCUCUCUUUCAAGCCCCCCUGCUGGCCACUCCGAGAACGCCACAGCCCCCGACACACAGCCCUGCACCCACCCUGACCUACUAUGCCCCUCAGCCUCAGCUCUACAUGAACAUGAACAUGAACUACACGGCCUAUUACCCCAGUCCUCCGGUGUCGCCUUCCACAAUGAGCUACUUUGCAACACCUCCAGUCUCCAUGGCGACCCAGCCUGCCCCACCUGUAUUGUCUCCGCAUGGUGCUCUGGUGCGCAUGCAGGGGCUUCCCUACAGCGCCGGGGUCAAGGACAUCCUCGGUUUCUUCCAGGGUUACCAGUACUCUUCUGAAGACUACAACAGUGUGGUGGGAGUGAGUGAUCAGACCCGCGCUCUGGUCCAGCCCAAGGAGUGGCUUUGCCUGUAGGGGGCGCUCCUCCAGCUCCAGGCGGACUCUGUGCUCGUCUUGUACAACCUCAGUGGCCAGCGGAGUGGAGAAGCUCUGGUGACCUUCCCCAGCGAGGAGACGGCUCAGCGGGCCGUUGCCGAGUGCUCCAACCUCCCCCUGUCCGGUCACCCCGUCCGCCUGACGUGCUGCCAAUGACCAAACCCACUGACCGCAGGAAACUGGCCGCUCACAGUGAUUGGCCACCGCACUUCACCCAAGUAACCCUGUCCCCUCCCCUGAGUCCUAUGUUAAGCUGACCCAUUAUUUCUAAUGUGCUACUACUGUCGGAGGGGAGCUAGCGUGGAAAUGCAUGAGUUCUGUGUAUAUAUGUACGUAUACAUCAACACGUGUGUCUGAACCGCCACCCCCGGCGAGUGCCUCACGUGAGAAGGUGUCUGAGACGCAGCAUGGAAAUGCCAAGCGUGCUUAGCUGUGAUGCUUUUGUCCUGAACAGCCUUUUGGAUCGUGGUACAUCUAAAGGGUUAUCAAGACCUCCUGAUGUGUGUCUGUGGAAUUCCAGUCCUUUUUAAUCCCAAGCUUUUCCUGUGGGUUCUGUGCCAUAUGUAUCCACUGUGUUUUUGAUGUGUACACUGUGCAAUAUCCAAGGGCUAAGCUGUAUGGUCUACCCAUGCCUCAGUCUGGACAACUGAGAUGCUACUGAAUGCCAUGUGGAUGUGUGAAAGGUCGAUUCUAAGCCACUACUGAAUGUACAGUGAGAUUGUACAAAGCCAAACUAUGCUUAAAAAAAAAACUUGACUACAUAGUAAACUUGCUGCUUAUAGGAUUUAAAAAAAAUGUUUUGUUGUUCUUGGUGGCAUUAAAGACCCCAAGAUCUCGAAAUACUUAUUGCAUAAUCAAGUCAGCCAAAUGUGCUCCUUCAUUUACUCAGACCAAAUCUCAGUUUAAUUAAAAUCCAGAAGGGAGCCAUUUUAUUUAAUACAUAAAAUAGGUUGCUGGCAUUUUUUUUUUUUUUUUUUCUGAUCUGCAUGCGUCGUUAUUUUUUAUUGUUUUGGUUUCUUAAUGCAUCUGCCACUGAAGAGGCAUUUGGUCCUCAAAGGACCAAUGUCCUUUUUUGGCAGUGUAGUUGCUUUAACAUAAAUAAGUAUGUGAGUGACCAGCUAUGAUUAGGGCCCUUCUUUUGUGUUGCCAUUACUGCAUUACCUCAGAGUGCAAUACCAGGUGAACAAAGGCAACUAAGUGGGCAUUUAGUUUUCUUCUUUCAUUUCUUCUUUUUAUUUUUUAAGAAGUGUGAAACUUGUACGAAUUUAGAGC